GAUGAGAGUUUGAAGUUCUCAUCUUUUAUAGUUUCUUAUGCGUAACGUCUUUCCAGGUCGAAGAACACUGGCAAGACAGAGAUGGAUAAAUUUAAGACGGUUUUUAGUAUAGUUCAGAAGCAACAGGCAACGUUGAGCUUCGGUGUCAUAACGCUGCUGACAGCUGGAGGGGAGCAGAUUUUUUCUGCAACGGUGUUCAAGUGUCCCUGCAGCUCCUUGAACUUCACCUACGGUAUGGUGUUUCUACUGGUCCCCGCGCUCAUAUUGCUGCUGGCUGGCUACUUCCUCUGCGCCAAAACCUGGCGACUGUUCACCGGCUGCUGCAGGAGCCACUCGAACUUGUUGGCCCGACAGGGCACAUUUAGUCGCAUCAAGGUGUUCUUUCACAUCACGGUUAACGCCUCGGUGGCUCCAUUCAGCUGGAUCGCAGUCGCCCUUCUGAACGGGACCUACUUUGAAUGCGCGAUGACCGGCUUGAACAGCACGAUUUAUAAAAACACUGUCUGUACUGGCAAGUCGAAGGAAUGCCAAGAGAUGCUCUUCAAGUUUCCUUGUAGAAGGACUGGUGUGAGCGAGGAGGAGGCGGUUCUGUUGAUCAUACGGGCUCAAUCACAGGUGCUGGGAUGGCUGGUGAUCGCAAGCAUUGUGACCAUCGCUCUGUUAGUAACAUGUUACACCCGCUGCCACUCUCCAGUUAGCUUUCUUCAGCUCAAGUUCUGGAAGUCAUACAUGAACAAAGAAAGUGAGAUGUUUGAAACCUUUGCAAAGGAGCAGGCACAGAAACUAGCGGAACGGAAUCUCAAAAGCUUUUUUGAAUUAACCAAAGCUCCUGAAAUGGAGAUGCCUGACAGAAAUGACUGGGAAAAAAUCUCUGCUCUCUAUAAAUUUAGCACUAAAGAACAAUACUAUAGUAUACUGCACAAGUAUGUGGAGACAUGCUUCUUGAAAAAGGAAAAAUCUAUAAUCUCUGAGCACAUUGAAUGCGAUACUCCUGGAGCCCUGAACUUUGUGGACUGUACGGGUCUUGCUAACGAAGUGUUCUAAUAGAGGUUUUUUUAAUUUUUUUUUUUAAGGAUUUUAUUCUUACUAUGCAACAAACCAUGUACUUUUUUAUACCUGUUUUCAUGGUUAUUUUGUCAAGGAUUAAACAAACUUGUGGAAAGAAUAAUUCUGACAAGCUUUGAACAUUAAAACAAAACUUCAUACUUAUAACA